UCGUGGCAAUCUUCUCUCAAGCUCAUUCUUCCAAUUAUCUUUGAACUUUUUAUUCAAUAACAGGAAAGGAAGCUCGGGCUCUCCGGUAAAAAACCAGUACAGAGGAAAAUGCUUAUUAAGCCUUGCUCUCUGCACAACCACAAUGUUUCUCUCUCUUCAGAGCUUUCUUACUCUCGUCCCUUUCCUUGCCAACUUCCCCCUCCUCGCCGAACCCUAAAUCAUCCGAAAGUCUCAGUCAGUUGCUCAAUAUCGCAAGUCCACAGUUAUGGAACUGUUGAUUACGAAAGAAGACCCAUGAUCAAAUGGAACGCUAUCUACAAGAAGAUAUCUCUCAUCAGGAACCCUGAGCUGGGUUCUGCGUCUGUGUUGAAUCAAUGGGAAAAAGAUGGAAGGAAGCUUACAAAAUGGGAGCUUUGCAGGGUGGUCAAGGAGUUGAGGAAGUACAAACGCUACAAGCAAUCUCUUGAGGUAUACGAUUGGAUGAACAACAGACCAGAGAGGUUUAGACUAUCGGCCAGUGAUGCUGCAAUUCAGCUUGAUCUGAUUGCCAAAACACAUGGAGUUUCAAGUGCUGAAGAAUUUUUCCUUGGGCUCCCUGAUAAUUUCAAGGACAUGAGGAUAUAUGGUGCUCUAAUGAAUGCCUACGUGAGGGCCAAAAUGAGAGAAAAGGCAGAAUCUUUAAUGGACAAAAUGAGAGAGAAAGGAUAUGCCAUUCACCCACUUCCAUUCAACGUGAUGAUGACACUUUAUAUGAACCUGAAUGAGUAUGACAAAGUUGACUCUGUGGUUUCAGAAAUGAAGGAGAAAGGGAUACGGCUUGAUAUAUAUUCCUACAACAUCUGGUUAUCAUCAUCUGGAUCACACAGAUCAAUAGAAAAAAUGGAAGAAGUAUAUGAAGUGAUGAAACUGGAUAGAGCAAUCCAUCCCAACUGGACUACAUUUAGUACAAUGGCAACGAUGUACAUUAAGAAGAGAGAAUUCAAGAAGGCCGAAGAGUGCUUGAGGAAAGUUGAGGCUAGAAUCAUAGGUAGGGAUCGAAUACCUUAUCAUUAUCUCUUGAGUCUAUAUGGCAGUGUGGGCAAUAAAGAGGAAGUCUAUCGAGUGUGGAAGAUCUACAAAUCAGUUUUUCCAAGUAUUCCCAAUUUGGGAUACCAUGCUAUGAUCUCCUCUCUGAUCAGGAGCGGGGACAUUGAAGGGGCAGAAAAGAUAUAUGAGGAAUGGCUUCCUGUUAAGUCAUCUUAUGACCCUAGGAUAGCAAAUCUUCUCAUGACUUGGUAUGUCAAAGAUGGAAAAUUGGAUAAUGCUGAGAGUAUAUUUGACCACAUGAUUGAAGAGGGAGGAAAGCCAAAUUCGAGUACGUGGGAGAUCCUUGCCGAAGGCCAUAUGGCAGAAAGGAAAAUUUCUGAGGCUUUGUCUUGCCUGAACAAAGCUUUUGCGGCAGAAGGAUCCAAGAGUUGGAGGCCAAAGCCCAUAAACAUAUCAACCUUUUUUAGGCUCUGCGAGGAAGAAGCGGACUCGGCCAGUAAAGGGAUGUUUUAGUAAGAUUAUUGAGGAAACUGUAUUAUCUUAAUAACAGUAACAAUGAGGGAUGUGAGGUGAUUCUCAACCAGCUGCAGGAUAAUUUAUAACACUUAUAUUGCUACAUUUCAUGUAGUCAGAAGACGUCAUUGUUUAAUUCUUAACCCUUGGAAGUUGGAAUUUAAAACAACUUCAUGAGAGCUUCCAUCCCCCUUGCACAUUGACGACAAAUGUUCAGGUACUAGGUAUAUAUAUGUAUAUGUAAUAUAUUUGGUUGAAAUUUAUAUGAUAACUUGAUACAAA